AUGGUCCAUGUUCGUCUAGAUAUGUCGAAUCCCGACAAUCAAAACCCACGACCCGAGCUUGAUGAGAACGAGUUCAUCGAAUGUUUCUCAACUCCGUUGAAGACACUCUAUGCGGAGUGCAAGAAGCUCGAGGCUGAGGGAUAUGCUAUAGACGCCAGAGUGCUCACACUGGCCGAAGGCAUUGAAGUAGCUCGACAAUUCAAAAUCGUCUAA